UCCUGGCAACUUCUCUGCAUAUUUUAUUUUACUUUGUUUCCAGGGGUCUCCAAUCUUUUGGCUUCCCUGGGCCGCAUUGGAAGAAGAAGAAAUGUCUUGAGCCACACCUAAAAUACACUAUCACUGACGGUAGCUGAUGAGCUUAAAAAGAAAACCACAUAAAAACUCCUAACGUUUUAAUAAAGCUCAUGAAUUUGUGUUGGGCCACAUUCUAAGCUGUCCUGGGCUGCAUGUGGCCUGUGGGCUGCGGGUUGGACAAGCUUGGUUUAGACGGUCUAAUACAUAUCCUGAUUUGGGAUGUUGGUUAUGCUUUGUUUUAAGGUGGCUUUACCAAGGUAUAAUUGACAUAGACUCCACAUAUCUAAAAUCUAUAACUUGAUACAUCUGGCAUAUGUAUACACCUGUGAAGCAUACGAUUUGAUACAUUUUGAUAUCUAUGUAUAUCCUGUGAAAUCUUCACCACGGUCAAGAUAACGAAUAACCUCUAUAACUUACAAAAGUUUCUUUGUGCCUCUUUGAAAUCCCUCUUUCUUCCCACGCCACUCCCAUCGCCAGGCAACAACUGAUAUGCUUUUUGUCACCAUAGAUUCGUUUGCGUUUUUAAGAGAUUUAUAUGCAAUCAUAUUGUGUGCACUUCGUCUUCUUCAUAUAACUGUUUUGAGUGACAUCCAUGUUGUUGCUUUUUAUCAACAGUUCAUUCCUUUUUGUUACUGAGUACUAUUUCAUUACAUGGAUAUACCAUGCUGGUUUAUCUGUUUACCUGUUGAUUGAGCAUUUGAGUUGCUUCUAGUUUUUGACUAUCACAAAUCUGCUUUAUAUACAUUUAUAUACGAGUCUUGGUGCAGACCGUAUAUUUUUCCUCUUGGGUCAGGAUGCAGGAAUGAAAUGGCUAGGUCGUGUGGUAGAUGUAUAUUUAACUUACUGUUUUCUUUUAAAAUUUUUUUUCUUUGUUGGGGCUUUCCAAGCCUUCUAGACAAAUUCUAAAAGAGCUCUUAAAUACUGUUUCCACAGUGGUUGUGUAAUUUUACAUUCCUGCUAGCAGGGUGUGAGACGUCCAGUUCGUCCGCGUUUCUCAUGGUCAAUCUUCUAGAUUUUAGCGAUUUUAAUAGACGUGUAGAUAUCUCAUUGUCAUUUUCAUUUGCAUGUUCCUAAUGACUAAUAAUGUUGCACCUCGUUUCAUGUGUGUAUUUGCCAUCCUUAUGCAUAAUCUUUGGCGAAGUGUUCAAAUCUUUGGCCCAUUUUUUCCUAUUGGUUCGUAUGUUUUGUGAGUUCUUCAGAGGUUCUGUUUGCAAGUAUGUCAUCGGAUACAUAUUCUGUAAUAUUUUCUCUUCAUCCGUGCCUUGUCUUUCAGAACAAGUUCUUAAAUUUUGAUGAAGUCCAAUGCAUCAGCUUUUCCUUUUAUGAAAAGGAAAUGUAAUGAAAUACUGUUUUUGCAGUUAUGAAUUGUGCUGGUUUAUAAUUUAAAAUGGACUGGGCUAUCCUCUUACUGUCAUUUUUCCAGGAAACAACAGCAAGGAUUUGAUUGACUGCUUGUUGGGAAUGACCUAACCGUGUUGAGUGGGAAGUAACUGGCUAUUUGGUUGGUGGGGAAGUGUGUCCAAGGUGGACGGAUGGUGAAAAACGGACUACGUGUUCCUAGGAGGAACAGACAUGACUGUCCAGCGGGCUUGGCAGACUCCGAGAGCCCUGCCCUCCACUAGAUCUGUGGAUGGUGGGUGAGAGUCAUUGGUUAGGACUCUCAGGUAUUGGGGUCUGUGCUCAGGUAGAGUGAGAUGGGGUGAGAUAGAGUUACCCUUGAACCAAUUGGCUUUCCCUCUGGACUGACUCAGCAAAACCUGUCCCACAAUCUUACUGUUACUGCCAGAUCAGUACCAGAAGUAAUAGCCCGAGCUGGACUGAGUUGAGCUAUGUCGCCUGUUCUAUGCUUCUUGUUCAUCUUUUGUUCUUCCUGACUGCUGUCAGGACUUAGUAGUGGUCCUUAGGUUGCUGUCGCAGUGAGGAUGGGCCUAUGGGCUUUCCUAUGUCACGUGUGUAUGAAAGCAGAAGUGGCCUCAGCCUAGUACAUAUGUUCAUAUAAAGAAAUUAGGCUAAGAAAGUUCUCUUCCUCUCUCAUUUACCUAUGUCUGAAAGGAAAAAAUGAGAAAAUCUAUGAAUCAAAAAUCUAUAUGCCUAAAUUAAAAUUAAAGGUAAUUUAACUGUUUACCUGCAUCUGCACAGGCAAAUGUUGAAUCUGAGUUGAUUUUUUAAAAUGAGCUUCAAAAUGUUUAAACUUCAGACUUUCUUGCAAACGUUUUAAAACAUUGUUCUCUGAUCCCUUUGCCAUUUAUCAAGACAGAGGCAUCUGCUUAAAGCAAUAUAUUCCUGUUGAUGUCUGAAUCACAAAGAGAAUACUAUUUGCUAUUGCUACUUUUUAAUUCUUCUUCAAAGGAUGAGAAAGAUCUCUCCUCCACUCUUUCCUUUCUUCACUUACUCUCUUGGCUGCCUCUAGCCCUUCUCCUCCUGCUCCUCUAUCCAUCUACAUCACUCACAUGCUGUCCUCCCAACUCUUAGCUCUCAACCUCUCCGGUAUACUACCAGCUUCUGGGUUGUAGGGAGGGGUAUAUCCAUAUUGCUUUCCCUGGGCUUAAGGCAAAAGAAAAUGAAGUCUAAUUUUAGGUCUCCUGUGAGAUCAUUGUGCUUUCUGGGUGAGAAGCCUGGUUUGGGGAGCCCUCUAGUGGAUAUGUGGCUGCCAUUACAUUUUCCCUUUAAGGCAGAAGAAGAGAGUUGGUUUGUUGGCAGGAGCAAGGGGGUGGUUCUGGUCCUAGCUCUCCCAUGGACUUGCUGUGGGAAUUUAGACAAAACAAUUCCUCUUCCUUGGCCUCAGUUCCUUCUAUGAAAUAUAGUAGUAUAUACUGUUUGCUUUUUGCCCACAAAAACUCAUCCCUGCAAGUGGACAGGACUUGUGGAAUGGCUGAGUUCAGAUCUCCGCAAAUCCUCUUUCCCCAACACAAUUACAAAGCUAGACAAAAUUGCCAAAGACAGUUAUUUAAAGACAGGAAAAUUGACCAAAGGCAUACAACAAACUGAGAAGCGUUAAUUUAAGAAAGUCUACUGGUUCUCAGAAUUUCAGAAAGAACAGUGGGAGUCUGUAGUGUUUCAGCAUUGCCCUUCACCUCCAGCUCUGUGAUCGUGGUAAGGAAGUUCUAACCAGGUGGUGGGGCUUGUGGGAGGAUUGGCAGUGUCAGCAGAGAGAGACUGGCUUUAUUUCCAUGCCCAGGGAUGUUGAAAACAAUAGUUAUCUCAGUGACAAACAAUCAUGGAAGACCACAAUUGCAGCUAGCUUGAGGUUGCAGUACCGGUUAGGUCAAGCAGUAGGCCAACAGGUCAGCCAAAAAUUUAACAUGGAAAUCCAGGUAAUGAUACAACUAAAGAGGGUCUUAAAAAGUUGCCACAUGUCUCUGGUGGUCUGGAAGUUAUGCAAAAGGCUGUAUACACAUUCAGGAGAGACUGGAGACUCAUACAAAUCUGGAAUUUUGAAUGAAUUCUCCAAGUCACGCAGAGAUCCACUGACAAAAGGUGAAGCCUUCCUGGCAUAAGGUGUGACUCAACCUCUGGCCACUCACUGGCUGACCAUUAAGCUAUGCUGAUCCUGGAUGUCAGGCUUAAAAAUGAAAACAAGAAAAAAAAAAAACUCUAAGCAGACAUGUCCGUGGUUACAUGCUGUGAGAGAAACAGGUAUCACAGAAUCAGUCCAGGUGGGUCAAUAAACAAACAACAAACAAACAAGCAAACAGUAGCAACCGUCAGCCUUGGUUGGGUGGGGAAGGAGAUCAGAACCCAGAAUGUCCAGUUUUUCAACAACAAAUUAUGAGACAUGCAAAGAAACAGGAAAGAGUGACCCAUACACACAAAAACAGUAACUAAAGACUCUUUCCUAGUGGGCCUGCAUGUUGAAUGUAGCAAAAACUGCUAAACAGCUAUUAUGAGUAUGUUUAAAUAAAUAAAUAAAAUCAAGUUUAAAGACUUAAAGGAAAGUAGAAUGACAAUGACUUAUCAAAUAUAGAAUAUUAAUAAGGAGGUAGAAAUGAGAAGCACCAAAUGAAAAUCCUGGGGUUGAAAAAUACAAUGGCCAAAAUAAAAAAUUUACUAGAGUGAUUCAACAGCAAAUUCAAGUGACCAGAAAGAAAAAAGAAUCAGCAAACUCAAAGAUGGAUCAACAGCGACUAUCUAAUAUGAAGAGCAGGAGAAAAAAGAAUAAAGAAAAAUGAACAGAGCCUUAGAGGCCAAGGAUACACCACUUAGCAAACCAACAAAUGUGUAAUUGGAGGCCCAGAAAGAGAGAAAAUAAAAAGGCAGAAAACAUACCUGUGUAAAAGAUAACUGAAUAUUUUCCAGAUUUGAUGUAAAACAUUUUAUCUAUGCACCCAAGAACCUCUGUGAAUACCUAGACAUAUCAUUCAAACAGAUGAAAGCCAAACACAAAGAAUCUUGAAAACAGCAAGAGAAAAAAGACUUGUUGUAUACAAGAGAAGCACAAUAAAAAACAAUAGUCAACUUUUCAUCAGAAACAAUGGAGGCCAGAGGCAGUGGGAUGACAUAUUAAAAGUGCUGAAAGGAAAAAACCUAUCAACCAAGAAUUUUAUAUCCAGUAAUAUAUCUUGUAAAAAUGAAGAUAAAAUAAAGAUAGUCCCAGAUGAAUGAAGACUGAUAGACUUUGUGGCUAGCAGACUUGCCUUAAAAGAAAUAGCAAAGAAAAUUCUUCAGGUGGAAAGAAAGUCACACCAGAGAGUAUUUUAAGCCACAUGAAAUACAAAGUACCAGUAAAGAUAAUUACACAGGUGAUUAUAUAGGAGAAGAUAAAUAUAUAUUUUAUCAUUUAUGCCAACCAAUUUGAAAGGCAAUUCAAUAAAACUAGUUAUAAAUCCUUUUCUUGGUCUUAUACCAUGCAAAUAUAUAGUAAAUAUAAUAGUAAUAUCACAAAGGAGAGGGACUGAAAUGAAGCUAUGUUAGAUCCGUAAUAUGACACCAGACAAUAAGUACCUUAAUCAACAGGAAGAAAUGGAGAGUACUAGAAAUGGUAAAAGUGUGCUUAAUAUAAAUGACUAUAAGUAUAUUUUUUCUUUUUUCUCUCAACUAAUUUAAAACAGUUUAUAUAAAGCAAUAUUUGCAACACCGUCUUGGAUGCAGUUAGAUAUACUACAUCCAUGUAUGUUAGAAGCUACAUCCAUAUAUUAUCUAACAAUAGCAUAAGUAGGGGAGAAGGAAUGGAGCUAAUUUUAAGCAAAGUUUCCAUAUUUUAUAGGAACUAAGUUAGUAUUAAUCUGAAGUAGAUAGCAAUAUGUCAAGAUGCACAUUAUAAUCCCUAGAGCAACCACAAAGAAGGCAAUUAAAAAUGUUAUUAAAAAGUUAACAGAGGAGUUAAAAUGAUCAUUAAAAAAUAUGUCUUUGAUACAGAAAAGAUGGCAACAGAGGAACAAAAACGACAUGUGGGGUACAGAAUAUUGACAGCAAAAUUGUAGACAUAAAUCCAACUUUAUUAAUAGUAACAUUAAAUGUGAAUGAACUAAACACACCAAAAAAGGCAGAGAUCAUAUGACUUGAUAGUACAAGAUCCAGUUACACGCCAUCCACAGGAGACACACUUUAGGUCCAAAGUCACAAAUAGGUGAAUGUAAACAGUAGUCAUAGCAGGAGUGGUUGUACUAAUAUCAGAAAAAAAUAGACUUUAAGAGGAGAAAUAUUAUUAGCAAAAAAAGGAUCGUUUUAUGAUGACAAAAAGGUUAAUUCAUCAGGAAGAUACAACAAUUAUAAACAUAUACAUAUCCAGCAAAAUAACGCCAAAAAGUAUGAAGCAAAAACCGAUAGAAUUAGAGGGAUAAACUGGGAAUUCAGACAUAAUAAUUGGGAGACUUCAAUACCCCACUCUCAGUAAUGGAUAGAACAACUAGACAGAAAAUCAGUGAGCAGACAGAAGGUAUGAGCAACAGUAUCAGCUGACUUGAUCUAACUGACAUUUAUAAAACAUUUCAUUCAACAACAGAAUACAUAUUCUUCUCUAGCACACAUGAAUGUUUUCCAGGACAGACCAUCUUCUAGGCCAUAAAGCAAGUCAGUAAAUUUGAAGGCAUUGAAAUCCUGCAAAAUAUUUUAUUUCACCACAUGGAAUUAAAUUAGAAAUUAAUAACUGAUAUUUUGGGAAAUUCACAAGUGUUUGGAAAUUAAACAACAUACAUCUAAAUAACCCAUGGUCAAAAAAGGAACAAGGAAGUCAGAAAAUAUUUUGAGCUGAGUAAAAAUGAAAACAGAGGGAGCCCGCGGAGCACAGGGAGCCCACGGAGUAGCCACAGCGUUGGAGCCAGCAAAUCCCCCGAGCCACGAACGGGCCUGAGCAGCAGCCACGAUGUGCGGAAUCUUUGCCUACAUGAACUAUAGAGUCCCCCAGCUAAGGAAGGAGAUCUUUGAAACCCUCAUCAAGGGCCUGCAGCGGCUGGAGUACAGAGGCUACGACUCGGCAGGUGUGGCAAUCGAUGGGAAUAAUCAUGAAGUCAAAGAAAGACACAUUCAGCUGGUCAAGAAAAGGGGCAAAGUUAAAGCUCUUGAUGAAGAACUUUACAAACAAGACAGCAUGGACUUAAAAGUGGAGUUUGAAACGCACUUCGGCAUUGCCCACACUCGCUGGACCACCCACGGGGUCCCCAGUGCUGUCAACAGCCACCCCCAGCGCUCCGACAAAGGCAACGAAUUUGUUGUCAUCCACAAUGGGAUCAUCACAAAUUACAAAGAUCUGAGGAAAUUUCUGGAAAGCAAAGGCUACGAGUUUGAGUCAGAAACAGAUACAGAGACCAUCGCCAAGCUGAUUAAAUAUGUGUUCGACAACAGAGAAACUGAGGACAUUACGUUUUCAACAUUGGUUGAGAGAGUCAUUCAGCAGUUGGAAGGUGCAUUUGUGUUGGUUUUCAAGAGCAUCCACUACCCAGGAGAAGCUGUUGCCACACGGAGAGGCAGCCCCCUGCUCAUUGGAGUCCGCAGCAAAUACAAGCUCUCUACAGAACAGAUUCCCAUCUUAUACAGGACGUGCACUCUGGAGAAUGUGAAGAAUAUCUGUAAGGCACGGAUGAAGAGACUGGACAGCUCCGCCUGCCUGCACGCUGUAGGUGACAAGGCCGUGGAAUUCUUCUUUGCUUCUGAUGCAAGCGCUAUCAUAGAGCACACCAACCGCGUCAUCUUCCUGGAGGAUGAUGACAUCGCUGCAGUGGCUGAUGGGAACUCCAUUCACCGGGUCAAGCGCUCGGCUAGUGAUGACCCAUCUCGAGCCAUCCAGACCUUGCAGAUGGAACUGCAGCAAAUCAUGAAAGGUAACUUCAGUGCAUUUAUGCAGAAGGAGAUCUUCGAACAGCCAGAAUCCGUUUUCAAUACUAUGAGAGGUCGGGUGAAUUUUGAGACCAACACAGUGCUCCUGGGUGGCUUGAAGGACCACUUGAAGGAGAUCCGACGAUGCCGACGGCUCAUCGUGAUUGGCUGUGGAACCAGCUACCACGCUGCUGUGGCUACGCGGCAAGUUUUGGAGGAACUGACUGAGCUCCCUGUGAUGGUUGAACUUUCUAGCGAUUUUCUGGACAGAAACACACCUGUGUUCAGGGAUGAUGUUUGCUUUUUCAUCAGCCAGUCAGGCGAGACGGCGGACACACUCUUGGCGCUGCGCUACUGCAAAGACCGCUGCGCCCUGACUGUGGGUGUUACCAACACCGUGGGCAGCUCCAUCUCCCGAGAGACCGACUGCGGCGUCCACAUCAACGCAGGGCCAGAGAUCGGUGUGGCCAGCACCAAGGCUUAUACCAGUCAGUUCAUCUCUCUGGUGAUGUUUGGUUUGAUGAUGUCUGAAGACCGAAUUUCACUACAAAACAGGAGGCAAGAGAUCAUCCGUGGUUUGAGAUCUUUACCUGAGCUGAUCAAGGAAGUGCUGUCACUGGAUGAGAAGAUUCAUGACUUAGCCCUGGAGCUCUACACGCAGAGGUCACUCCUGGUGAUGGGGCGGGGCUACAACUAUGCCACCUGCCUGGAAGGAGCCCUGAAAAUUAAAGAGAUAACCUACAUGCACUCAGAAGGCAUCCUGGCUGGGGAGCUGAAGCACGGGCCCCUGGCAUUGAUUGACAAGCAGAUGCCCGUCAUCAUGGUCAUCAUGAAGGAUCCUUGCUUUGCCAAAUGCCAGAAUGCCCUGCAGCAGGUCACGACCCGCCAGGGUCGCCCCAUUAUAUUGUGCUCCAAGGAUGAUACUGAAAGUUCCAAGUUUGCGUAUAAGACGAUUGAGCUGCCCCACACUGUGGACUGCCUCCAGGGCAUCCUGAGCGUGAUUCCGCUGCAGCUUCUAUCCUUCCACCUGGCUGUCCUCCGAGGAUAUGACGUUGACUUUCCCAGAAAUCUGGCCAAGUCUGUAACUGUGGAAUAAGGAUGAGACUGUCACAGGACCGUCACCACCUUUAAUCUGAUUCCAGACCUGUCCCAACAGCAGUGAUGGGAAGAGAAGUGGGCAUCCAACAUGUUCUGCGUGUUCCUGUAGAGUUUGACAGCUUCCAUGUGCCUUCUACCCAAGUGCUUUUGCUUACAGCAGAUACUGUUUCUCUGUGUCCUGAAGUCGCCAGAGGAGAAGGGAAUCAUUGUUUACACAUGGGGAUCAGAGCAGACUUCUCCACUAUCGUGCAAUAGAGAUACAGCUCUCUUCAGAGUAACUGUGAACCUUUUAUAACCAACACUAGAGUUAGUUUUAAAACACAAGAUAUUUAUAAUGAUGAUUGUAUAGCUUUUAAGUUAUUUUUCUAGUAUGUGGCUUUCUGUAGCCAUGGUAAUGGCCAAACUGUUCAUCCCAGCUACCCAUGUGCUAUCUCCAGGCUUGCUCCUGGCAGGUGGCAUUCAUCUCAGAUUUGAGCACAACGCAUUGGCCCUCUGGACGCCUCUCUCCUUUACUUUCCUCUCUAGGCUGCUCCUGAAUCUUGUUCCCUGACAUCCACGAAGCCCCUCCAGCCAUCCACCUAUGCCUCUUAUAAGUCAAGUUGAAAUCUCAGCCUCUGCAACAUUUUCUUCUUGUGUGUGGCCCAGAUCUCUCCAACUCUCCAACUUCUGUUUAAUCUGAUCCUGGCUCCUUUUAAGUCCAGGCAGCAUUUUGGUCCCUGUUCCUUGCCCAUAAUAAAACAGCUUGAAAUAUCCCAUGCAAGAGAGUAGUUUCAAGUGGGCAACUCUGCUCUCUAUUUAAAAGUGUGCACAAUCAAAGUACUAUGCAAUGUUAGGACAAUAAAGAACAUACA